AUGUCAAGGAGGGCUCUCAAAAAGCUUCAAGAAGAACGAAUCAAUUCAGCUGCACCAAAACCAGCAGAAGACGACGGCCAAGAAGAAACAGAUGACGAUGAUAUAGUAGUCGUCAAAAAUGACAAGAGAAAUCUGUUUGAUCUGCUUGAUGAUACGAACGAGUCUGGUAACGCCGCCGAUGAAGAGGAUGAAGAUCAGGAUACCCAAGAUAAACCAGCUACAACAAACACUUCCAAAAGCAACAAGAAGAAGAAAAAGAAGGGAAAAAAGCCCGAUUCCAAUGAUCAACACACCAAGAAGGGCAAGCAGGCCGGUCCAGUUACGGCUGGAGAAGACGAUAUCGACAGAACUCUACGAGAACUGGGACAAAAAUACGAAGAGUUUACCCCGGACUUUAUGUCUGCCUCAAUGUCCUCCGUAGCCUCGACAACGACAGCUGGAGCAUCUUCCUUCAUAGUCACACCUCAGCAACGCCUAGCUCAACUCCUUUCCGUAUCUGUACGUAAUCUAGAUCCAGAACACGAAAUGCGACGAAUCUUUGGAUCUCGAGUCAUCAAGGACAAUGCUCGUCCUCAACGUCAUCAGCGUCCAGGUCAUCGAGCAGUGGCAACCGCUCCGAUGAGGCGCACGUAUCUCGCGACACCGAAGGAGCAUUGGCCGCCAUUCAAAACCGGAGGCAUGUCGAUGGAGUAUCUGGAAGCUAGUGAUGGAGAGAUGUGGUUUACAUUCUCCCAUUCUCGAGCAUACUCGGACAUACAGUAUCAAUUCUUACAGGUGCUACGAACGCAUAAUCCUGAGCAUAUUGCCGGACUGUUACGAAUGUAUCCAUAUCAUAUCGAUACAGCUCUGCAGCUGAGUGAAAUCUUGAAGCAUAAUGGAGACAUUGCACAAGCGUCUGAGCUUGUUGAACAAGUCUUGUUUGCAUUCGAGAGACGAUUCCACUCCAUGUUCAACAUGGCUCUUGGAACGUGUAGGCUUUCCUAUGAUCGGGUCGAGAACAGACCAUUCUUCAUUGCCUUGUUUCGACAUGUUCAAUAUCUCACAAGGAAAGGAUGCUGGAGAACAGCACUUGAAGUCAAUAAGCUGCUAUUGAGUCUCAAUCCUCACACAGAUCCACUGGGUGCUCUGCUCAUGAUUGAUUUCAUGGCCGUGAAGGCUAAAGAGCUGGAUUGGCUCUCGUCAUUGUAUGAUCAAAUGAAGCAAGAAAGGCAUCUUAACUACCUGCCGAACUUUGCUUAUUCAAUGGCGCUUGCUCAGUAUACAAAAGAAGGAACCAAUGGAGACCACUCUCAAAGUUCAACGAUGCUUCAACAAGCUAUAUCCAGCUUUCCUUUUGUUUUGCCUGGUCUUUAUGAGAAGGCUACCAUCACAGACGCACGAAUUGCUGAUAAUGAUUUCUUUCAUUGCACUGCUGGCAUUGGUCAAAAUACCGCAGAAGCUGCCGUGUUGUCGUGGUUACGAUCUGCAGGCUCAGUUGUACUCUCUAGGCCCGAUUCAUUGUCGGAAGGCCGUGAGUCAUGGAAGAGCAUGUACCCAGAAGGCUUGUCACUAGAUAUGUAUCGACACAUCUUUGUGACUGAUUUCAAUAAUGUACGAGUACCGCCGUCGAUAUCAGGCACGCAAUCUGCGCACGACCCACUACCACCUAUAUCGAUGGAAGAGUCUAUAUACGACAGUGCAUCUGAAGCAGCUCAAGCACCCGCUGCUGUGAAUUCAGUAGAUGCUCUGACGAAUUUCUUGCAAAACCUUCUACCAUGGGUGAAUCGUAACGAAGGUGCUGCAGCUCCCGAAGAAGAGCACAACGCCGAUGGCCUCAUAAAUCGUAUUGCAGGAGGUUUCCCUGGUCUGUUUCCACAACCCAAUGUAGUGCAGCAGAACGGAGGUAUUGAUGCACCAGAAGGAACUAAUGGGGGUGAAGCAUUUAUACAGGGUUUCCGUGACACUAUAGCUAGACUAGGCUUGUUUGGUCAGCCACCAGUAGCAACCCAACAAGACGACGAGGAUGAUAAUCGAUUGCCAGCAGCUGAGGCCACGGCUGAAGAACAUCAUACAGCUGAGGAAGGUGAAUGGGGCCAAGAAAGUAUUGAAGGCCAAUGGCAAUACUGGAGUGACGCAGGAGAAGAACACCCUCGUGGUAGAGAUAGUGAUGAUGAAGAGGAGGAGGAGGAAUCACCCAUUGAUGUUGAUUGA